AUGCCUCCGGCUCCUCUCCCAGCCCCGGGAGCUUGGCCGCUGCCCCGCACAUCUGCAUGGCAGAGCAGCCGCCUUUCCAAGGGCCAGCUGGGCUGGGGGGAGUGGUGGCCGCGCUUGGCAGGGCUAACGAGCUCGGUUUGUUUUCUUUCUUCGCUUUCGCAGAGCCUGGAUGGGGACCAAGCCAUACUCCAGAGGAUCAGGAAAUAUGUGAAAGCCAUUCACAUCUCCGGGCUCACCCACGUGGAGAACGAGGAGCAGUACAGCGAAGCCCUGGAGAACUUCGGCAACAACCACCUCUCCCAGAACAACCACGAGCUCUCCACCGGCUUCCUCAACCUGGCCGUCUUCACCCGCGAGGUCACCGCGCUCUUCAAGAACCUGGUGCAAAACCUGAAUAACAUCGUCUCCUUCCCCCUGGACAGCCUGCUGAAGGGGCAGCUGAAGGAUGGCCGCCUGGACUCCAAGAAGCAGAUCGAAAAGGCCUGGAAGGAUUACGAGACCAAAGUGGGGAAGAUGGAGAAGGAGAAGGAACGAGCCCGCUUGGCGGGGGUCAUCCAGGCCGAGCCGUCAGCGGCGGAGGUGGCCGAGGACAUGCAGAAGGAGCGGCGGCUCUUCCAGCUCCACAUGUGCGAGUACCUGCUGAAAGCCAGCGAGUCUCAGAUGAAGCAGGGACCAGAUUUUCUGCAGAGCCUCAUCAAGUUUUUCCACGCUCAGCACAAUUUCUUCCAAGACGGCUGGAAGGCUGCCCAGAACCUCUACCCCUUCAUUGAGAAGCUCGCUGUGUCCCUCCACGCGCUCCACCAAACGCAAGAGGAGGAGGUGAAGCAGCUCACGCAGACCCGCGAUUCCCUCCGCAGCAUCCUGCAGCUGGAGAGCAAGGAGGAAAACCUGAGCAGGAAGAACUCUGGCAGCGGCUACAGCAUCCACCAGCACCAAGGGAACAAGCAGUAUGGGACGGAGAAGUCGGGAUUUCUGUACAAGAAGAGCGAUGGGAUCCGCAAAGUAUGGCAGAAGAGGAAGUGCGGCGUGAAGUAUGGCUGUCUGACCAUCUCCCACAGCACGAUAAACCGUCCCCCCGUCAAGCUGAACCUCCUCACCUGCCAAGUGCGGCCCCACGCCGAGGAGAAGAAAUGCUUCGACCUGGUGACGCACAACAGGACGUAUCACUUCCAAGCGGAGGACGAGCAGGAGUGCGUUGUAUGGGUCUCGGUGCUGCAGAACAGCAAGGACGAAGCCCUGAGCAACGCCUUCAAGGGGGAGCCCAACGGCGGCGGGGCGUGGCUCUCCACCAACCUGGGCAUCCUGACGUGCAUCGAGUGCUCCGGCAUCCAUCGGGAGCUGGGCGUGCAUUACUCCCGCAUCCAGUCCCUCACCCUGGACGUCCUCAGCACCUCCGAGCUGCUGCUGGCUGUCAGCGUCGGGAACACCCGCUUUAACGAGAUCAUGGAGGCCACGCUGCCCACGCAGGACUGCCCCAAGCCCUCGGCCGGCAGCGAUAUGGCUGCCCGCAAGGAGUACAUCGUGGCCAAGUACAUGGAGCGACGCUACGUGCAGAAAAGCGGCCGCGACGACCCCCACCGCCUCUGGGAAGCCAUUCGUGCCCGCGACCUCCUGGCCCUGCUCCAGGCCUUCGCCGAGGGGCACGAUCUGGCCAAGCCCCUGGCCAGCCCCGAGGGCCAGGACCCGGGCGAGCUGGCGCUGCACAUGGCCGUGCGCCACGCCGACAGAUCGUCCCUUCCUCUGGUAGACUUCAUCAUCCAGAAUGGGGGGACGCUGGAUCGGGUGACGCAGGACGGGAACACGGCUUUGCACUACGGUGCGCUCUACAACCACUCGGAGAGCACCCGCUCGUACCGGCGCAUCAGUGGCGUGGUGGGCAAAGCGGGGUCGGCCAUGUCCCCUCAGAGCCCCGGUGGCCCCGAGGACCCUGCGCCGAGCAAGGUGCCCCCCGUGCCCAUGCCCAGGAGAUUUGCUCCGGUUGGCUUCAUCGAGGGCGAUGGCUCCCGCACUGGUGUCUUCCCAGCCAGCUUCGUCCACCUCUUGCAAGACUGA